GAUGAGAGGUGAGCGAGAAAUAAACGUCAACAACAUAGUAAAACACGAUAAAAAACAAGAAUUGUAAAGUAAACCGCCCGUCAAAACAAUUAGCAAAGCCAAUUACCAAGAAGCGCAAACAAAUAUCCCGUACAAAUUUUAGCAAUAACCAUCCGAAUGGUGUGUUCGAAUACGUAGAUAGUUUAAGUGUGUCUAUCAGUUGCAUAUCAAAAACCAUCGAAAUGGAUCAAAUGCUACCAAGUCCAGGGUUUUCGAUACCCUCAAUCGGAACACCACUUCAUCAGCCCGAAGAAGACCAGCAAAUCAUCACAAAUAAUUCUUCGUAUCCACAAUAUGCUCAGCACGUAGCACCAACAACAAUGAGCAGUGGACUGACACCGAACCAGAUCAGUGGAUUGACACCGACUCAACUUAGCAGUGGAUUGACACCGAUUCAACUUAGCAGUGGAUUGACACCGACUCAAAUUGGUGGCGGGAUGCAAAGUAUGGGACUGCCGUCGUUAAUGCAGACUCCAGUCAAACCAAUAAACAGUUAUACGCCAAGUUAUGCAACACCACAAAGUAUGAUACAACCUCAGACACCGCAAAGUCUUAUGUCCCCAAUGGUACCAAUGACAGAUCGAACAGAAAAUAUUCACCAAACGAUGGGUCCAGCAACACCGAUGACGCCCAUGACUCCUGGUGAUCCUGGCAUUCUACCUCAAUUGCAGAACAUAGUGUCAACAGUAAACCUGAGCUGCAAACUGGAUCUAAAGAAAAUUGCUCUACAUGCGAGAAAUGCUGAAUACAAUCCGAAGCGAUUCGCUGCCGUUAUCAUGAGAAUAAGAGAACCACGAACAACUGCCCUGAUAUUUUCGUCUGGAAAAAUGGUCUGCACUGGUGCCAAAAGUGAAGAAGAUUCCAGACUCGCAGCGAGAAAGUAUGCUCGAAUUAUACAAAAAUUAGGCUUUACGGCGAAAUUUCUAGACUUUAAAAUCCAAAAUAUGGUCGGCAGUUGUGACGUCAAAUUUCCCAUCCGAUUGGAAGGUUUGGUAUUGACACACGGAAAGUUUAGCUCGUACGAACCGGAACUGUUUCCUGGUCUGAUUUAUCGGAUGGUGAAACCGAGAAUUGUGCUGUUGAUUUUCGUAUCUGGAAAAGUGGUGUUGACGGGCGCUAAGGUGCGACAGGAAAUUUACGAUGCAUUUGACAAUAUUUACCCGAUUUUGAAAAGUUUCAAGAAACAGUAAAGGAGUUCUUCUAUUGUGUACAAUGUCAGACGAUGUCCAAUUGUCACGUAAGAAAUUGAUUCGAAUAAAACGAAGUUUGCUAUUUCUAUUA